UGUCCAGAAAAACUGGCACGGAGAAUCAAAUUGCUGAGAUUGAUAUAAUAACUACAGCAGGAAGCUGCUAUUUGAAUUAAGAUAAUUUUAACUCUAUACAAACUGAGAGUUUAAGUGCCACAUCGCAAAACCAACUGAAAGGCGGUGUUGUUAUUUGUACAGUGUUGAAAUGAGCCGACAUUUCAUGUAACAUGCUUAACUGUAUUUGCAACAAUGCAACGAUUCAUGUGCUAAUCCACUAGAAUGUGUUUUGGUUGCCAUAGUGACGACCGUGACCAGGAAGACUAACGUACUUCCGGAGCAACUCUGAACUGUGCACGCGCAGCGCACAAACUCUGCGGUGUCGCUAAGCUAACGAAACCAUUGCAUUUACAUUGAAGUCUAUACUAAAGCCACUAGCCUCAAAGGUUAGCCGUUAGCAUUACCAUCCAGUGGUAGAAUAAUGUGUGUUUGGGCAACGCUGACGUGAUUUAACCAUUUUAAACAUCUUAACUAACACUUGUUAGUCUCUUUCUUUUUAUCGCUCUGUUUUCUCACUAGACCACUUAUUUUCAUUUUACUAGAAAGGGAAAUACUGACUCACAAUUAUUAAUUGUCAAAUUGAAAUUUAAUUGAAACAUUAAAUUUAUUUUGAAUCAUUUAAAAUUUCCCUCUCAGAUCAUUUCAUAUGAUCUUUUAUUUCUAGUAUUCUCUUUUGGUCUUAAUUAUUUUAGGAAUGAAUAAGCCUUGAACUUUGGAAGUUAAGUAAACUUAUUCUUCCUAAUUUAUUUAUUACCCAUCUGAAUAUAUGCUAUUCAGACCUUUACUUAUUUGAAUGCGUUUUACCCCUCUUCCUAUUUUGGUUAUACACUUAACCACUAUUGUUUUACGUAUUGAUUUCCUCUUUUUAAUUUCAUUUUUGCAUAUUUUGCCCAUUUAUUAAUUUUUUAAAUUUUCCUAUUUCUUACCAUUUCUUUUGUGUAUCCUAGCCUGGGAACGACAAACCUGAGCCCUAAAAGGAGACAUUGUUAUCCCUCACUACGAGUUCAAAUAAAUUAGAAAGACAACUCUCUUUCACUUAAAGUUUAUUUUGUUUGAUUAGUUGUGCAGCAACUAACACAACGCUCUCCUUGUAGUUGAGGUAACCGCUACUGAGACUUACCAUCUCCGUCCUCUCUCUCCUUUACUUUCCUCUUCUCUUUUUACAUUUGUAGGACAUGUAAGAACCAUCAAUCAAUUCUAAGUGAAGUAAAUACACAAUCGUGCCAAAGACAACGAAUCAUUCUUAUGAAUUUGAUUGUAAUCAUCCUCUCAUUUGUUCUUCCUAACCUCCCUACAUUUGGAAACGCAAUCCAAGUUUUAGCAUCUCAUCCAACGUUGAGAUCAAUUUAAUAGAGAUACGUGUUGAGCAACUGUCGCCCUCGCUGACUCCCUGGUGAGCGGUCCAACUGAAAGGUGUACGGUGUCAAUCCUGUCAGACUAAGAAAAGAGAUAUCAGAAUUAUUAUUGUAUUCUUUUGUCCAAAGCAAGAAAUAUAAUAAUAUUGUUUACGUUUUUGAUAACAUUUAAUUGGAAAAAAUAAUUUUCCUCAUUUGAAAAACAGAAAUUUUGCUUGUCAUUUGAAUUUGUUUUUCACCUCUGUCUCUCUUUUCCUCUUCCUCAUUAGAGUGACAAAGUCUUCGCAUCUCUAGUCUACUUAGACACCCUGAGACCAACACAGUCAUCACCACAUUUCACUAGUGGUUCACAAUCACUGAUACAACACUUAGUUGUCCCACCACACAUAGGCUUUUACUCCACACAGAUCUGUGUCAGUCUCUCUUCUUCCCAGCGUGCCAACAUGCCGCAGACUGCAGACCCCAUUUCCCAUGGGGAAGAUGUGAACAUUUGGCUGACAGGCAUAACAGACAGCCUCACUCCAAAGACAUUUGAACUGUUAUUAUUUUUAAUAAUAAUCCUAAUCCUGAGAAGAUUCCUGACACAAGAUUCAAGCCAGAACAACAACCACGAGGAGCUAGUCAAGAUCACGAGCUCACUAAGCUAUGCCUUCACAACCCAGCUGAAACUGAGCGACAAGCACAUCACCCACCUUCAAGAGGAGCUGACACGUGCUGAACGUCGCAUAGACAAGCUGGAAGUGAAAGUUCAAGAUCAACUCAAAGCACCCAGCGAGAGGGAGCAGGAUACAACAGAACAAGUUAUGAAGCUCCUAGCAGCCCUGGCAGCAGCUCAGCUCGACCAGCGACAUGCAACGGCUGCUCAGAAAGACCUGGUAAACAGACUCCAGUAUGCCGAACAGCUACUAGAGAAAGCCAAGCUAGACAUCAGAAACAAGAACUCUGAAAUCAGUGCUUUGAAAGACCACCUUGAAAGGUACAGAACUGAAAUGGACAAUCUGACCCAACAACUAGAUGAUACCAACGAUGAGCUCUACAUGGUCAGAAAAGAACUCCAAAAUGCUUACAAGCACAAACUAGAGCCAAGAAAAGAGAAACAUCUCUUAGCCUCAUCACUGCUGAGCAGAGCAGAGUCCCACGUCCAAGAACUGGCAUAUGACGAAAGGAGCGAAGGGCCACAACCCAAAACCUCACCUGCCUUCGCCACACAACCCUUUCCUGCCAACGAAAGAAAACCUCCCGUCCAAGGCCUUGAAGCUGCACACGGGAUGACCAUCAAAGACCUCAACAAGCUGUCUAAAAACAUCAGCAGGUUCAACCCGAACUCCACAGAGAGCCCCGACAUCCAAGCUUAUCUGCGAGAUAUCGAAUUUCACCUGGAAGUGAGACCUCAUGUGACUGACAGAGACUGGUUAUACCUCCUUAGAGCCACGUCCAGUUCCGAGGUACGAAACUUUCUAGAUCGACAGCCCAGUCAAACCAAGUCAAACUACCAGCGACUUCGUGAGGUCCUGAUUAAAGAGUUUACAGACCCAGAGUCUGAACAUGGACUGUUAACUGCCUUGGAAACCAAACAAGGUCGUCAAGAGACUCCACAAGCUUAUUACAACCGACUCCGACAAUCCUACUUUGGUGCACACAACAACUCUGACCUUGAAGAGGAUGUGAACUUCAAAACCCUCUUCCUAGAGAAUCUGCACCCUGGAGUCAGUCACCAUCUAGGUGUCAUGGCCUGUCCCAACUCCAUGACCAUCCAACAGUUGCGUGACCUAACACAGAAGGCCUAUAACAAGCAGAAGUUGGCCUCAAAGAAAGGUAACAAAACCUCCACACUCUUGAACUCUGUCAACAAAGACUCAAGCUUUGCACUGGACGACACCCAGUGGCAUCACAACACCAGAGUCUUCCAUCAAGAGCACAGAGAACGUGACGCCCAUAUCCACGACCGCUUUCAGCCCAACUGCUGGAAAAAUCCAUGGGACCAGCCACGCUUCUCAAGAAACCAAAAGGAUAACAUCUGGAAACCUAACCAGAGAUCCAAAGGUAAUCACCUGACUCAUCCAAGAGCAACUCGUGUGGGUAAGCGACAACAAAACCCACCUCAGCACCACUCAGACAUGCACAGUGCUGAGUAUGCACAAGAACAUAACCGCUUACCAUUAGAAGACACGGAACAAGUCAUGGAACAACUAAGAGAGUUCCUUCAAGACAAUUUACAUGCAUAUGACCACAAAGUUGAGUCAUGCUCGCUGUGACCAGCGACAGAACGGAAGGCCGGUGAUCACCUGGUGCACCGCAUCAGAGAUGACAAGCACCUGUUCAACAACAACCCAGAAUGAACAAGUCUUUCACGGCCAACUGUUGAUGAAAAAUCUGAGGUACUAAAGGACAUCACCUCAGUCACUAACAAACUGUCAAAUGAACUCCAACUCCAAGUACCACAUUCCCUGUCUGUGCAACAGCAACCACCAGAGCACAGAAGGUCAGAAAGUCUGCUACAGCCAGAAGGCAUCACAAGAAGAAUGCAACAUAGGAGACAAGUUUUGCAACUCAGCUUCACACAGCCAUGCCAAACUGCCUCCGACGGCGUGCUAAAGAACUUCCUGCCUUGCUGGACUGACCCCUCAUUAGACCAUGGACACGCCCUCAUCCAAGCCAAAGAUGCAGAGAGCCAGUCUUCAGUGACAUGCUAGAAAAAGGGGGAGACAACACAGACUUGAACAGAUCUGACCACACAUGCACUACACCAGUAAUACACAACAUUACCUACACCCAGAGGUAAACACAUCUACUGAUAACACAGUCAACAAACAUAUUCUUCCCACAGGUAGAAUAUCCAACUUUUAGCGUAACAAAGUUACACAUACCCACCAUGAAGAAACGUGCAGCCAUCCUCACAAUAGGUAGAACACCUGACACUAAGUUAAGGUUCACGACACUAGCUGCACCUGACAUCCUAGCUCAAUAGUAGUUGUAACACAUGCUAGGAAAACCCACAGCAGCCUUGUUUUGUUUUGUUCUUCUUUUACCUAUCCUUCUCCUUCCCCUCUUUCCUGAGUAGGUGAAAUGCCUAGACACCCUGCGAGGGUUGAAGGUCUGAUAUUAGGAUUGACUCGCAACACCUAAUAUCCGCCAGCCACUCUAAACUGAAUGGAAGCCAGAGAGCUCCAUGCAUGAUAGGUCAAUCCAUUGAAUUGAAAAUGAAAUUACUAGAAAACUAAUGGUAAACAUGUAAAGUAAGACAACCUAGAAGAACCAAACAAAGUUAACCACAAAUUUGAUUGAUGAAUCAAAAUAAAAACAAUUUCCAAGACCAUCUAAACUAUCCUCAAUGUGCUAAACUACAUUGACUAAUUGAACUUAACCACGUGUACCUAAAUAACCUGAUGCCUGCACCAGUACAGUAACUGUCAUGGAGGUGUUGUCUUGCUGUUUGCUGUGUUUGUCUGCUUCAUCUGCCUUUGUUUCUCCAGCGAUCGACGAUGUCUUCACCUAAACACCUCGCCGAUCGAAAGGGGGAUAUAUGUAGCAGAAAUGAGUCAAAUCAGACAAAUCAAAGAGUCUAUCAGAGCUGUGUGCAUUGAAACAUGAGCUGAAUUCCUCAGGAAUCAUAAAUCAGUUCUAGUGCCACAAGAACCAAGCAAGAUAACCAACCAACCAACUUGUUCACACAACAGCUUUCAACAUUAACACCAAUAUAACAAUUAUUGACAAUUUUAAUUCGAAGAAGAGAUUGUCAAAUUUAUUGUUCGUGAUUGGAAUGCAACGCUGGACAUCACAUGUAAACCCAGGAGAUCAAGUUAAAUACUUGCAUUGACUUCCCCCACCCAGCCAGUGAAACCAGACUGAAAUUCCUAAGGGGGAAGGGCUUUAAACCUUUGUCUUCACAGAA